UGUCUUUAUGUAGUGCUCAUGUAAGAAAUCCAAGUUGCAACAAAUUCACUUGAUUAAUCAUAUCUUUAUAUAGUGCUCAUGUAAGAAAUCCAAGUUGCAACAAAUUCACUUGAUUAAGCAUAUACCCACCAUUGUGCAGAGGUCUUAUUGUUAUUCAGUUUCAAAUAGUUUCACAAAAAUUCUUAAAAAGCCACCAAGUGUGAUGGGAUUUAUAUGCUUUGUAUCAUGAUUUCCGUUAGUUUCAUCAGUGAAAUUAUGUUAAUUUGGAAUUGAGGCCUCAUGAGAGUUGAGAUGCUAGAUAAUGAGUGCACUAUUGCUGCACAAUAUGACAUAAGCAGUGAUGAUAAGUUGUUAUUUAUUUUGUUAAUAUUUUUAAUUUUUAACUUCUAAUUUGUGUUUUCUGUUGUGUGCAACUUUAGAUAUAUAUGAUCAUGAGCUUGAAUUAGCAUAGGUUGAGAUAAUUGACCCCACAGUGUAUAGUGGGUUUUGGUGCACUAUCCCACCAGCCACUUUUACUAAAUCCAUGACUACUGAUCUUUGUUCAUUUUUUUUUUAUUCUUUUUUUGUAUUCCUUGUGAAAAAAAAGGAAGGAAACUUUUAAGCUUUGAACUUUCAUCAAUGGAAAGACACAAGAAUUUGGAUAAGGAUUUAUACAAGAUGUGAUCUUGAAUUGUCUGAAUAGACCUAAAGUUUUCAGGCUUUUUAGACCACUUUUUUCUACAAAUUGAAAGAAAAAAGUCAUUGUAGAUUAUUGCUAGGAGCCAACUACAUUAGAAAAGGUUAAAACAAAACAAAGAUAAAGAAGAAAAAGUGCAUGAAAACUGCUUUCCAAGGUUAAACUAGGCAGGGGUCAUGAAGAAAUAGUACAUCAGUGACCAUGCUUUCUUCAGGCUUUCAAGAUAAAAAUUAUCAAUUUAUUCAAACAGUAUGACUGAUCGAAAUUAGUCCGUUUAGCUAAAUUUGACCUUCAACCCGUGUGAUGUUGAUCUCUGUAUAAUCGGACUUGGUCAAUGAUCAUAACACGAGACAAUAAAUGUAGAAGACAGAUGUGCUUCUGAUGAAAGAAAGUUGUAUUCUAAAACUGAAUAUCAAAUCUCGAAUACUGUCAAAACAAUGUCUUAGAUGUGUAUAUAAGACCCUGAAUCUUAAACAAAAUAGGAAAUAAAUAAUGAAAUAAGACUGUAAAUAAUGAAAAUUAUGAAAAAGGCUAAAAUGAGUUGCAAACGGUGGAAUUGUGGACCGGGAAUAUAUUAUAACAGCGAUUCCAAGACUCAUCGUUUACAUGUUCCACAUCAGAUCAGCAACAGAUUAUCAAUCAGAAAACCUCUCAAUAAGUGGCUGGUGAGUAAUGAGUGAUGAAGGACCAUCACAGAGGGAUAGCAUACACUGUCACAUGGAAGGCGAGAUUUCGGCAGCCGUGCCUGAAGGGCAGAACCGUAAAUUCGCAGCAUCAUCACCCGAGAUAGUUGAGAUCAAAGAGGAAACCGAGGGCACGGCUGGAGGGGGAACAGAUGUUUACGUGGCCGUGGGAAAAAAUGACUUGCACGUAGUCAAAUGGGCUCUUGACCAUGCUUUGACCCCCGGCAGCCGACUUUUUCUCGUGCACGUUUUUCCACAAAUCACAUACAUAUCCACGCCAGUCGGGAAGCUGUCGAGAAGCCAGCUGAGCAAAGAACAGGCGCAAUAUUACAUAAGGGAAGAGAGCAACAAGAGGAAACACAUGUUAGAAAAGUACAUCCAGCUCUGUAAUGAGUCCAAGGUAGCUGUGGACACAAUGCUUGUAGAGAGCAAUGCAUCGACCAAGGCCAUCUUGGAACUCAUUACCAUUGCUAAUAUAACCAAACUUGUCAUGGGGACUAAGCAAUCUCCCUUGUCGAGGCUAUCAAGGAAGGGACUGGGAAAAGGAGAAUAUGUUCAGAAGUAUGCACCAAAGUCUUGUGAUGUUACUGUGAUUUUUAACGAUGGCAAAAAGAUGAAGACUCUGUCUUCACAAGUUGGCCCAAAUACUGAAAGGCACUUCCUUGAGUGUCGGCGCCUCUUUCCUCAUCACUCAAUCCCCCUCAACUUUCCGAUGACGACCCGAUUCAAGAAGAACCGCAAGAAGCGCGGCCACGUCAGCGCCGGACACGGCCGCAUCGGCAAGCACCGCAAGCAUCCCGGUGGCCGCGGUAACGCCGGAGGCAUGCACCACCACCGGAUCCUCUUCGACAAGUACCAUCCCGGCUACUUUGGGAAGGUCGGCAUGCGCUACUUCCAUAGGCUGAGGAACAAGUUCCACUGCCCGACAGUCAACGUUGAUAGGAUCUGGUCCAUGGUGCCGCAGGAGGUGAAGGACAAGGCUUCCAAGGACAACGUACCGUUGGUUGACGUGACCCAGUUCGGCUACUUCAAGGUUCUCGGUAAGGGUCUGCUGCCGGCGGAUAAACCGGUGGUCGUGAAGGCGAAGCUCGUGUCGAAGAAUGCUGAGAAGAAGAUCAAGGAGGCCGGCGGUGCUGUUGUGCUCACCGCUUGA